AUAUAGAUCAUUGGAGCGCAAUGAAGUAGCCUUUGGAGAGGAGAGAGGGGGCCGGUCCGACAGCCACAGCGGCCAGCGCAGCGGCAGCGGCGGCGGCACCACCAUCAGCAUCACCGCUCGCACCCCAGUCGCCCGGCCCGCGAGGAGGCAGCGGCGGCCGCCGGCGGGAGCGGAGGCGGCGGCGGCGGAGAGGCGAGGAGGAGCCGCGGGAGGAGCAAGAGCGCGCAGCCGGCGGGUCCACGCAUCUCCGCACUUCCAGAGCAACUCCGGCGCCUUCCACACCCCUGCCCGGGGCUGGGGGCUCCGAGAGCGGCCGCGAAGCCAACCCCUAUCCUCCCAGCGACCCUUGCCCAGCCCUGUCCUGCGUCUCUCGGGCUCCGCUCCGCGCCGCGGGGUCCCCGCUCCUGCGCUCCGGGAGCGCCUCCCGGACACCCGGGUUCCCGCAGCUAGGACAAAGCCAUGAAGCCGGCGCUGCUGGAAGUGAUGAGGAUGAACAGAAUUUGCCGGAUGGUGCUGGCCACUUGCUUGGGAUCCUUUAUCCUGGUCAUCUUCUAUUUCCAAAGUAUGUUGCACCCAGUCAUGCGGAGGAACCCCUUUGGUGUGGACAUCUGCUGCCGGAAGGGGUCCCGAAGCCCCCUGCAGGAGCUCUACAACCCUACCCAGGUAAGCCCUGGAAACUUCUUUGCUUCUCCACUCAGAGUCCACGUCCCCAUCACUUUGGAACUCAGUGUGGUGGGGCCAGAUUAA